UCAUACCUCCUAUGGUCAUUUAAAGAUGGCGGACUGCCUGGCUGCACGCUUGGCUGCCCAGGAGGAGCAAAUUCUGCUCCUCGCCGGCGAAAUAUCCGUCCUUCGUGACGGGAUAAACCGAGAUUUAGGCCCUGCAGGGGACGCGGGGGUGUCCUCGCAGCUGGAGGAGCUGAAGUCAGAGAAUGAAAAGCUCAAGUACCGGCUACUGCACCUCCGCCGGGGUCUGCGGGCAGAGCUGGAGCUCGAGCAGGGCAAGAGUUCACAGGCAGGGGGCGAGUGUGCCAAAGCAACCGGGGGCAUCGUCGUCAAGGGAGGACAGGCGAACAACAAAGCGACUAAAAAGCUGAGCAGCCUUGAGUCUAAGAACAAGGAAAAGAAGCAAACAAAAGAACAAUCAGAUGGAACUGUGAAAGAGUUGAAGGGUUGGCCCUCAUUUGUUGACGAACGCCUCAGACUGUAUGAAGAACUGAAGAAGGAGAGUGACGCCCUCCAGGCAAAGAAAGCUUUGGACGGUAAGCCUAUCAAUGUGGAGCUGCCCGACGGACGUCAGGUCACGGGCACGUCCUGGAUCACCACCCCGUACCAACUUGCUUGCGACAUCAGUCAGGGUCUAGCUGACAAUGCAGUGAUAUCUCGAGUCAACGGAGAGCUGUGGGACUUGGACAGACCCCUGGAGCGUGAUUGCUCAUUGGAGAUCUUGCGCUUUGAUAAUGAGGAUGCCCAGGCAGUGUACUGGCACUCAAGUGCUCACAUACUGGGCGAAGCAAUGGAAAGCUUCUAUGGUGGCUGUUUAUGUUACGGACCCCCCAUAGAAAAUGGCUUCUACUAUGACAUGUUUCUGGAUGGUACAAAGAGCGUGUCCAGCACUGAGUUUGGAGAACUUGAGACCUUGUGCAAGACGGUAGUGAAGGAGAAACAAGCUUUUGAAAGGCUUGAGGUUACCAAGGAAACACUGCUGAAGAUGUUUAAAUACAACAAAUUCAAGUGCCGCAUUCUAAAUGAGAAGGUCACCACACCGACGACUACAGUUUACAGGUGCGGCCCCCUUAUAGACCUCUGUCGAGGUCCUCAUGUGAGGCACACAGGCAAGAUCAAAGCCAUGAAAAUCUACAAGAACUCUGCGACCUACUGGGAGGGUCGCUCAGACAUGGAAACCCUGCAAAGGAUAUAUGGGAUCUCUUUCCCUGACUCCAAGAUGCUCAAAGAGUGGGAACGCUUCCAGGAGGAGGCCAAGAAUAGAGACCAUCGUAAGAUUGGCAAAGACCAAGAGUUGUUCUUUUUCCACGAUCUCAGUCCUGGGAGUUGCUUCUUCCUGCCGCGUGGAGCUUACAUUUACAACACGCUCAUUGAAUUCAUCAGGGAAGAGUAUUGGAGAAGAGGCUUCCAAGAAGUGGCAUCUCCCAACAUCUAUAACAGCAAGCUGUGGGAGACAUCUGGCCACUGGCAGCACUACAGUGAAAACAUGUUCUCGUUCCCUGUGGAAGAGGAGACCUUCGCAUUGAAACCCAUGAACUGCCCCGGGCACUGUUUGAUGUUUGGCCACCGGCCUCGCUCGUGGAGGGAACUACCCCUCAGGUUGGCUGACUUCGGGGUCCUCCACCGUAACGAGCUGUCUGGAACGCUCACUGGGUUGACCAGAGUGCGACGUUUCCAGCAGGAUGAUGCUCAUAUUUUUUGUACCAUGGAUCAGAUCGAGACUGAGAUGAAGGGCUGCUUGGAUUUCCUGCGCUGUGUGUACAGUGUGUUCGGUUUCUCCUUCCAGCUUCAUCUCUCCACUCGACCUGAGAAGUACCUGGGUGACAUUGCUGUGUGGAACCAAGCUGAGAAGCAAUUGGAGAACAGCCUCAUUGAGUUCGGCGAGCCGUGGAAACUCAACCCCGGAGAUGGCGCUUUCUACGGACCCAAGAUUGACAUUAAGAUCAAGGACGCCAUAGGUCGUUACCACCAGUGUGCUACCAUUCAACUGGACUUUCAGCUUCCCCUCCGCUUCGACCUGACCUUUGUGGGAAAGGAUGGUGAUGAUAAAGCUCGCCCAGUUAUCAUCCAUCGUGCCAUCUUGGGCUCCGUAGAGCGAAUGAUUGCUAUUCUGACGGAAAACUACGCCGGGAAAUGGCCUCUUUGGAUCUCUCCCAGACAGGUGAUGGUGGUGCCUGUCAACCCGACCUGCGAGGAAUAUGCUAGGAAGGUAUGCAAGCAGUUUACAGAUGCAGGCAUGAUGGCGGACGCUGACCUCGACUCUGGGUGCCUUUUGAAUAAGAAAAUCCGCAAUGCUCAACUAGCCCAAUAUAACUUUAUUCUGGUGGUCGGUGAGAAGGAGAAGAUGACCAGCAGCGUCAACGUGCGCACCAGGGACAACAAAGUUCACGGCGAACUAUCAGUGGCCGAGACGUUGGCGCGGCUGAGUCUUCUCAAGCAGGCUCGUUGUAGAAAUGCAGAAGAGGAGUUCUGAUAAAAUGCUUCGUGAGGAUGUUGGAGUAAUUCAGUCUUCUCCAGAUGACAGUGGUCCAUAUUUCAUGGACUUUCAUUUCAUCAAAGUUGGUGCUGAGGAUGUGUUGUUAAAGGUGCAAAUUUUUACUAUGAUUGAUUAGAGAGGGUUGAGGGUUUGAAGGAACGUGCGUCGAUUGUUAUCAUGAAGACUGAUGAUGUAAUUGGCCUGUCUUUUCUUGGAAAGAAAAUAAAACACGUUCAAGUGCAGCUCUUUUGAUUUAUGUAGACAAAAUUAAUAAAUGAGUGUUUG